AUUAUUACUACUGCUCCUGCCUCGCAGUUCGCUCACGUAUUUCUACAUUACUACCAUCUCCCUCUCCCUCUCUCUCUCUCUUAACUACACAGGAGCGAAGAAAACAAGAAAGACAAUGGUGACCGGCCGGAAAACAAAGUCGUGCGACGAAGAAAUGGCCGAGUCCAAGGCGGUGGAGAACGGAACAACCACCAUGAGUACUACUGGGCAGGCGACCAAGUCAUCAGCUCAACUCGGCGCCUUGCUCCGGAAGGCUGACGUGGCGCAUGUGUGCCUCAGGCUGCUCUGCAUGGCGUCCUCCGUCACGGCGCUGUCGUUCAUGGUCACCGCCCAGCAAGCCAGCACCGUCACUAUCUACGGUUUCCAUCUCCCCGUUUACUCCAAGUGGUCUUUCUCCGAGUCCUUCGAAUAUCUGGUUGCAGUCACGGCAGCUGUCACGGUUCAUUCAUUUCUGCAACUACUGAUAAAUGGAUCUAGGCUGCUGAGAAAGUCUCCGAUGAUUCCCUCAAGGAAUCAUGCCUGGCUUAGCUUUGCUGGGGAUCAGGUAUUUGCAUAUACAAUGAUGAGCGCAGGGUCAGCUGCAUCCGGAGUAAGCAACCUGAAUCGCACAGGAAUCCGGCACACACCUCUCCCGAAUUUCUGUAAACCACUAAAUAUCUUCUGCGACCACAUUGCCAUCUCGAUAGGCUUCACUUUCUUAAGCUGCCUCUUGCUGGCCACAUCUGCUGUUCAGACUGUAAUCUGGCUCUCCCACAACUGAGCUACAUUGCUUUGUUUCGACGCAGUACCUGGUGUACUUAAUCACUUGCACUCUAGCUAUAUCAUAAAUUUAUAACAUUAGGCAUUUUAAUCACUGUCUUAAGGCUUCAUGUACUUUCUAUGUAG